GAUGGAUAACUUCUCCGAGUGGUACGAUUCCGCUGUAGCCGCCGCCGGCUCCGAGGAAGUAGCGCCAGCCUCACCCCUGUCCAUGCAAAUGUCCAAUCGGACGAUAGACGAAGGGUUGGACUUUGGGCAUGGCGACGGUGCGAGCGCUGAGUCGAGAACGUCGAUGGCGGCAAAGCGCAUGGCCGACGGAGCUGCUGGCUGUGGGGGCAGCGAGCAAUCUCCCCCCACGAAGCAGCCGCGCUUCGACGGCUUGUCUUCUUCGUCCUCCUCCGAUAACGCGCACGCUUGCAGCAGCGGCGGCUUGCCGUCGACGUCUCUGCUGGGGGACGACGCGUACUUCCAGGACGAUGACAUGGUCGACAGCUUCGGCGAUCGCAGCGAGCUUACAAGCGGUAACGAGGCGGUUACGCGGAGGGCAGAUCAGCAGCAGGGAAGCAACAACGACCGGCCGGCCGCCGUGAUGAGCGUCGACGUUUGGACGAAGUGGGUCGUGGCGACGAGGAAGACGUCGAGGACGAAGACAGCCCGAACAAUGGCUGCAACGGUGGUCCCGGCGAAGAAGAGGAGGAGAUAAGUGACAGCGACAUCUCGGACAACGAGAUCGAAGCCAUGCUCGAGGCGGGCAUGCACUCGCCCGGCAAGCCAGGGGUCGACGAUGACGUCGCGCAUGAGGUCAAGGAGAAGGUGAUCCUAAAAGUGCGUGGACAUGACCACUUUGAAGUACUACCAGAAGGUUGGAUCCAGGUCACACACAAUAGUGGGAUGCCUAUCUACCUCCACAGGCAGUCCAGAGUGUGCACGCUGGCCAAGCCGUACUUCCUCGGUCCUGGCAGCAUUCGGAGACACGAAGUGCCCAUCUCUGGUAUCCCUUGCCUCCACUACAAGAGGGAGAAGGAAAAAGAAGAGCAAUGUCCAGUCACAAACGGAGUGUCGGAAGGAAGUGAAGGUUUGUCAGAGAAGAUGGCCGAGUUGGCUGGUCGAAUUCCUAUGGCGAAGGUGGAGAGUGUGAAGGAGAGCCAGAAGGAACUGUCACUAGAUGCCCUGGCAUUUCGACAGUACUGUGAAAAGGUGUUUGACUUUCAGACCCUUCAGCUGCGAAAGUUCAAGACUUGGGCCGGUCGUCGCAAACACAGAAAGAAGCUUAAGCAGAUGCAACGCCCUAUGCUUCCGGAAAGUACAAAGCUGAUUAUGUGUUCACUGCCGCCUACAUCAGACACAAGCCAAGUCACCGGUGGCCAUUCCAAGAGAGAAUUCAUCAUGAACCCGAGCGGAAAAUCAAAUGUCUGCAUUCUUCACGAAUAUGUGCAACACGCCAUGAAAACUCAGCCUCAGUACAAAUUCAAGGAACUCGAGAGCUCGAGCAUGCCGUACAUGGCCACUGUGGUCAUCGGCGAGAUGGAGUACGGCUCUGGUUUAGGGAGCAGCAAAAAACAAGCCAAGUUGGAGGCAGCCAAAGCGGCACUGUUAGUUCUGAUCCCGCAAAUGAGGGAUGCCAACCAGAAAACGAAAAGGGUGAAGGACUCUCCACAGGACAUUACCUUCUUCGACAACAUCAAAGUGGAAGAUCCUCGUGUGAUUGACCUGUGCGCGAAAACUGGCCAGCUCUCUCCUUACCAGAUUCUUCUAGAAUGCCUCAAAAGGAACUAUGGCAUGGGGGACACAGAAAUCAAGCAAGAGAUGAGGACCACGAAGCGCCAGCGAAACGAGUUCAUGAUGUCAGUUGGAAAACAUUCGGCUAGUGUAAUUUGUAGAAACAAGAAGGACGGGAAGCAGAGGGCGUCUCAAGCAAUUCUUCAAGCCUUGCAUCCCCAUAUCACGUCAUGGGGCUCACUGCUCAGGCUUUACGGAAAGGGCUCCUGCAAGACGCUCAAGGAGAAGAAAGAAGAAGAGCAGCGCAUCACGGGAUUGCAAAGCAAGGCUAGUGCCAACAGACCCAACCUGAGCAUCCUGAACAAGCUCAAGGAAGAAAUGUUGAAGCUCAAGGAGCGGACGGAGACGGUGAAGCCCAUAGGCAAGUUCACUCCUCAGGAGGCGGACUUUCCGUCACUCUCAGCGGUGGAUCUGAAAGUUCUCGACAUGUGACUCUUCUGCCGCAGUCUUAGUCAAGCGUAUUCUGGUCACGCACAUUCCUCGUUCCAUUGCAACCAAGUUUCAACACAAGUGUUCGUUCUGCCCAUGUCGUGGCCUCUGGCAUCUUCAACUGUGUGUGUACAUUUCGAACUGCAUUUUUGUGGCGUUUUCUUGCUUUUAGCUUUAUUUUAAUAAGUGCCCUGUACUUUCUAUAUGCAUGUUACUGUAUAAGCUCGUUAAUUUGAACUCGUAAAGGACUAUAAUACUGUUUGUAUUACCAGGCUGGCACUAUACUGAAUGGACAUUGCACCACACUGCGUGGGCACAGCUGACUCGCUCUCAUGAAUUAGGUGCAACUACACAUAUGUGAUAGGUUAUUUCGUAAAUUAAGUUGAUGGAGCUCCCGUAGCAGACAGUCUGUGAUACACCAGAUACAAACCCUGACAUGUAUUCAUGUGGACAGUGAACCCUAAUGUUAAAUAUAUGAUGCUAUUUGUGCACCGAAUUGUGUUUAUAUACAUGGUUGCUAACGUUAUAAAAACGAAACGUAAUCAGUAAUUACUAAUUUUCAUUGGCUUGCUUUUCUUAUGUCACGACUCCAUGAGCAUUGUUCGUAGGUUGCCUAAGGGGUUUCAAAGCACUGUUGGAAUUGUAAUCUGCUGAGCAAUGCUGUUUUGAACUUCUGGUAAACUUGGUUUGAUUCGGUCUUGCAACAUAUUGCGAUAAAUUCAGGCGGACUUUGCGAGAAGCGACAGGAACCAAGGACUCCCAGUUCGAAUUCAGCCGUUGUGGAUACCAACGCGUUCAAACUGCUGGGAGUUUUCUCCCAUAUUAUCUACACAGGGCUGUGCCCGGACAGAGGCACCAGUUAGAAUUAAGUGUAAAUUUGGAAUAACCUUGUUCAAAGUAACGAGCUUUUACUGUAUUGCAGUAAAGGUGCGGCCAGCACAGAGCCAUCGCUAUCUAGGGAGCCCUCGCUAAGUAUGUCACAAAUUGUUUCAGUGAAGAAAGAAAGAAUGAUUGCCGAAAGUGAGGUGUUGAGCCAAAGCCCACUCUACUUCCCUCUGUUAGUGGUCUCUGUCAACGAUGUCUGGUGUCAUUAUCUGUCGCUUCUCCUCUUUCGCAGUAUACACGAUAAACUUGCAUAAGGGCUGCACUCUCAACUUGGCAGCACAGUUACCGCGGUGGUUCUAUGGUUACCAAGCCUGGCUGCUGACCCGAAAGAUAUGGGCUCUAUCCUGGCCACAGCGGUCACAUUCCAGCGGAGACAAAAUACUUUAGCCGAUGUGCUCUGUGAUGUCAGUGCACGUUUAUGAACCUCAGCUGGCCGAAAUUAUCCGUUGAGCCAUCUACGUAUCAAAGCGCAACCAACUGGGCAGUCUAGAUUUGGUGGAACAGAAAUUAAACAGAGAAGAACAAAGUUACCGUAAUUCUGACCAUUUUUCUCACCUAAUGCAUCUAAUGGUUUAAUGAGGGUACUCAAUCGGAUGAAUUAAUUAGACUAGAUGGCUCGGUGACGAGUGUGGGACUACAUAUUGUAGGGGGAAAAGAGGGGAGGGUAGGGCAGCCUUUACUCAAAUCUGUACAGUGUUACAUUUAACUGGAUGCAAUUGUGUGGACUUUCUCUUCAAACUCUUUCUUUGUGCAAGAACGAACUAAGGUGAUCGUGUCGUGUUGUAAAUUGCAAUUAACAUUUGCCCGUGGCUGCUUCUGACACCGUAGACUGUUUCUCUGAUAGGAGGCAGCCUGUAUUGAAGAGGCUAGGUAAAGGAAGCUCAAAGCCUCGCUCAGUACUACAAACACGGUGCUGUGUUUCAUAUGUUAGAAAACAGCAGUGUGUGUGUCGAUGCGUGCAAUAUAACUAAGGCAUUCCAUGAUGUCUAGGAGACUGGACACUGUGACAAACAAUGGAUGCCCUUAAUGAUUUCACUGUGAUGUGUGUACUACUGUCAAGUUGGCGUUUUUUUUACCGAGGUGUACAAAGCAGCCCAAGCAGACAUGCUGUUGAAGCAUCCUUGUUGAAAUAUUCGGUAAACCAUUCUUAAAGUUGUACGUCUUCCAUAUAAUAGUGAGUUACACGUGUAUUUGACUGAACUUUCUUACCAAAUUUAUGAACAGCAUAUGGAAUUGUUAUGGAACUGAAUUUCAUGUUGUUCCUUACUGCAUUCCAUAUUUGUGUACAUACGGAACUUUUCAAUACGGAUGUUUCGGACAUGUAUGCCUUUACACAUGCUAGUGCUUCAGUAAGUUGGUUUCUUUCCCCAUUGUGUUUUAGUCAUGCCCCAGUCAUGCACAUGGUUUUUCAGAGUCCUUUGAAGUGAGGGAGAAUGCACAGUGAGAGAGGAAUCUGUCGAAGACCGUCUGCUCUUAAACCUCAAUAUAACGAAUGCAGAUAUGAUAUAUUGGUUAUAACGAAGUAACUGAAAGUCUUCUAAUAAAUGUAGGGUUAGGGAUAUACCUUUUAAAAAAAUUUUGGAUAUAAAAAACUUAUUUUCGUAGGAGCUGCAGGUUUGCUAUAAUGAGGUUUGAGUGUAGUUGAAAGAAACGUUGAGAUUAGGUGCUGGAAUAUCAGUCUUUUCUCUUCCUUAUUUUGAAGGAUCUUGUGUGAACGGAUUUGAGGAGUUGUUCUUCCGAACGUUUUGUGCUACUUCGUCAGCUUCUUAAGCAUCGAGCAAUCAUAUUGUACCGAUUUUGCACAACCUGCCAUUAGGAGCAAUGAGGGUGUGUGGAGCUUGCCUGCUUUUGUGUGUGUAUGUGUGUGUGUGUGUUUGUGCUAGCAAGCCCGAAAUGCUCUCGACGCUGUUUCGGCUUUGUGUCGACACAUGUAGAAAAAGCAGUCUCAUCUUUGCGAAGGUUGUCAUUGAAGCUAGAAUGUCGUAAAGUAUCUAGCCCUCAUUUUGUAGUGUUUUACGAUGUUGCUCGUUUGAAUCAUUACACAGAGACUCCACUACGGUCACUAGCACAACGAAGUCAUUGGAUGAGAAAGCUUUAGCGUGGUCAAGAUGCAGUGCUAGUCUAGACGUAUUCUGGCAGACGAAGACAUUAAAGAAGCAGCCCAUGCGGAGACAUCUUUUGGCACCACGCUACCAGUGUGCAUGCCGAGGAAUUCGAUUUGAUGGCUGUGAUGUUAAGUAUGCUGAUGGCAGUGUCACAACUACAAAAGUGGUUCCUUCAAGGAAGCGACUUGUACGAGAGAAGAACAUUUCUAGUCCUUUGUGGUCAGACAUGUCGUAUCAUGCCCCAGUGGGCGCUUAUGUAUGUGCUUCAGCUAUGCUGAAGCUCUCAGCUAACCCUUGCUCAGUAGUAUGGACAACUUUUGAAGGCAGCACAUUGCCAGUGUUCUACCAUCAGUUGCGGCUACUAUGUGACACAAAUGGCUUACCAAAAAAUGUUUUUGUCGAAAUGUCAUGCAAUCAAUCUAUAUAGGGUCAUGAAGUUUAAGAUAACCGAGGCAACGUCGAACAGAUUUCAAGCGUACAUGAAUGCAAGCAUGACUGUUAUGAUCUGUCCUUGUUCUAAACGUUUCAUUGUCCCGUCAGUCGAUAUCUGCAUUUUAGACAAAUCUUUCCAAUUAUUUCGGUCUUUUGUCUAGAAUGGCAAGAGAAACUUGUGCUGAUGCAAAGCAGUAGGAAAAAAAAUCGUAACACACUUCUGAUCGUUUAUAAUGUCAUUUUCCUUAGGCCAGAAAGUCGAUUGCCUCGCAUCAUCUAUAAUGCUAGAAAGCAUUAUGCUUUCUAGCAUUAUAGAUGAUGAAGUAAUUAUGCUUUCCGAAAAGUACAGGCUUCUCUGUAGACCUUGGACCAAUGACCUUAACCGUAAGCUCUUUGGUUUGGGGCCAAGUGCAAAGCCAGGAACCCUCAAGAUGAUUUACACAAGUCGUAUUCUCACAAUCCCUUUUUCCUCAUUCCUAAUGUAUAGAGUGUUUGUGUGUCCUUUUGACAGUCUUAUUAAUGAUUGUGUUGGUUAAUGUGAGAGUAUUCAUUGCAAAUAAUUUCAAUUCACCUUUCUUGGUUUGCUUCUUUUCAUGCACUGACUAAUUUCAUCCAUUCACUUAUAAGCAUUAACUGCGUGCGACGUAUUUUUGAAGCAUUCUUGUUCUUACAUCAUUUGUUAUUAAAUCUUGCAUUGCGUUGCAAUACUGCCCUUAGCACAAUUUUAAUGAGAACUUUGAAGGAAAUUAGAUUGCUGAUGAGUGUUUAGUGCAUUUCUAGUCUGUUUUUAAACACCCUCACAUUGCAAACAGGUCUCGCUUGAUUUGAUGCAUUUUCAUUUGGUCCUUAUCUUAAGGAACUCACUGAGCAACUUCGUUUUUAGGAAUGAAAAUUUUGCUUGUUGCAUCUGUCUCCUUUCGUCACUGUUACAGUUUGAUUAUACUGUGCGUAGUGUGAGACAACCGAGCACGCUUCACUUGGGAAGCAUGGAGUUCCUUCAGAGUUGCUUCGUGGAGCUGCUUGAGUUGUGUAGAGUUCAUUGCUCUGUUGUGAACCAAUUUGUAGCUUCUACGAUUUGAUAUGCCUUGAGGGUUCUCGGGUAGUUCAACUAAACGCAGCUCUUGUCCUUUGAGCCCGGCCUGUUCUUGUCGGCCAGUAAUAUAAUAUGUGUGUUGCUUUCUUGCAUGUGUGCGUUUCUGUCUUCACUACCCUGUUUUGAUGAAUAUUUUUUAAUGGAUCGCUGCAAUCAUUGCCUACAGUCGCGUGUUUAAGGCAACAGCAGCGAAGCUGUCAUUUUGAGUCACCCCUGUGCACCUGGACUGUGGUGGAGGUACCUGUCUGCUUGUCAUCUUGUAUGGUGGUUGGCUCGGUGUUCUUUGUUAGUGAGCCAUAAUUUUUUAUCUCGGGGAAAUCGCACAAUACACAUUGCCUUUGUUUCAUUUUGCCGUCCUUGUGUCAGGCAGCUACUGUGUUUUCUUUGCCAUGUCUAGUCUAUGCUGUCGAUUCAUGGUAAUAAGAGUUGCAGCCCUUGUGGAUGCAGCACAAUAAAUGGACAUCUGUUCGUGAAAAA